AUGUCUGCAGGAGGGUUUGGUUCUAGGUUCGACCGGGUGCGGGAGAUGCCCCACUAUGACCAGGUCCCUGUGGGCUCCUUGAGGCCUGACCCGGGUUUCCCUCCGCCCCCGGAGCCCUUACAUGGGACAGUACCAGCUGUAAGCCUAGACCCCCUCCCCCCUCCCCCGCUACCUCAACAGGCAGCCGUUGGGCAUGAAUCCUUCUACCCGCCCACUUUUGACGAGCCGAUGGUUGCCGACAGCGACGCCAUGGACAUCAAACCGGUCCACCGCUUCAUCCCAGACUCUGUGAAGAACUUCUUCCGUGGCAGCAGUAACCGUGGCGAGAUGCCACCUCCUCCUACGUCCUACUCCCCCGCCCCCUCGUCCUAUCAGAGCGGUAACGGCUACACCACAGCUGGCGUCCCGUGCUCGCCUCCCAACUCCGCGCCUCCAUCUCCGUCCCUGCCAGGAUCCUACCGGGUGGGCAGCUCCGUCUCCCAGAAGGAGCUGAUGCUGGGUGCUGAAGCCCUUGAUUCAGCAUCAGCAGUGCCCACCAACUCCUCCGUCAUGACCUACCACGAGCGCCUGGAGGAGUACCACCAGAGAUACGCCUACCUGAAGUCCUGGGCGGGGCUGCUGAGGAUCCUGGGCGUCGUGCAGCUGCUCCUCGGAGCUGCUGUGUUCGCUUGCGUCUGUGCUUAUGUCCAUAAAGACAACGAGUGGUUUAAUAUGUAUGGGUACUCCUCGCCGCAGCUCUAUGGCGGUCUGGGUGGAGGUGCUAGUGCGUAUGGAAGCGGGGGCGGUUACUACACAGGCCCAAAGACGCCGUUCGUCCUGGUGGUGGCUGGCGUGGCGUGGAUCGUGACGGUGAUCCUGGUGGUCCUGGGGAUGAGCAUGUACUACCGGGCCAUCCUGCUGGACUCGUCCUGGUGGCCGCUCACUGAGUGCUGCAUCAACCUGGUGCUGGCCGUGCUCUAUAUGGCGGCAGGGAUCGUGUAUGUGAGGGACACCACGCGGGGCGGGCUGUGCAACAUGCCCGUCUUCAAUAACGCCAUAAACGGGGCGUUUUGUCGGACCGAGGCGGGCCAGACGGCGGCCAUCAUCUUCAUCUUCAUCACCAUGGUGCUCUACUUCAUCAGCGCUGCAGUGUGUCUGAAGCUGUGGAGGCACGAAGCGGCCAGGAUCAGGAGGGAGGGGCUGGCACAGGAGCUGGGGCCCGGCUCCAGGGCCUCAGAGGAGACUCCUCUCCCCACGUUCCAGCCAGACCUCAUGGACCGUCCCAUCAGCUCUGCAGCAGCUGCUCCUAUAGCGCUGCAGCCAGAGAUCCUCAGAGGACACAUCCCAGCUGGACACAUCCCAAAACCUGUUGUUAUAGCCGACUACGUGGCGAAGUACCCCAGCAUCCACUCAGAGGAGGAGAGGGACCAGUACAAAGCUGUGUUCAAUGACCAGUACGCUGAGUACAAGGAGCUGCACGCUGAGGUUCAGGUCAUGGCCAAGAGGUUUGAAGAGAUGGACGACAGGAUCCAUGAUCUCCAGUCACGGCCUUCCAGCCAGAUGGAGAAGGAGCAGAUCAAUCGCAUUUUGAUGGAAUAUCAGAGGAAGAAAGCUGUAAGUAGAAGUUAUUUAUCAAUCUUGUGUCUUUGGUUGUUUCUGUGUCUGAGAGUCCAAGUUCUGGUUCAGGACCCAACAUAUUUGGAAAAGAGGGAGAGGUGUGAGUACUUAAAGAACAAACUCUCUCACAUCAAACAGAAGAUUCAGGAGUACAACAAGGCGCGACUACAAAGACAGGAGCGCGCAUGCGGCCGCGCGCACAAGGUGUUUGCAUUCGUCAAUUGUGUCUUCAUUGUUAUCGACGGUUCAUUAUAUCAGGGUGAUUUCCAGGUGGAUUUCAAAAUGCCGAGCCACAAACACAUCGCCAGCGGGAGCAAACACCACAGCAGCAGACACCGACACAGCGAGUUCACGUCCAACCCCGCCUUCUCCUACUACCCCGGAGACAAGAUGCUCCACUUCUACCGCUGGACGUCACCACCUGGCGUGAUGAAGAUAUUGUGCAUCAUCAUCAUCAUCAUGUGUGUGGCUGUGUUUGCCUGUGUGGCCUCCACGCUGGCCUGGGAUUACGACAUGAGCAUGAUGGGGAUGGGAGGAGGCGCCGGCUUGUUGCCAGGUAUGGGCGGAGGCUCCUACGGAGGCUCGUAUGGAGGCUCCUAUGGCGGCGGUUAUGGCAGCUCGUAUGGAGGUGCCAUUGGCGCUGGUGGCGCCUACGGUGCUGGCGGCUCCUACGGCUAUGGAGGAGGAACACAAAUGGAUCCCAAAGCUGGCAAAGGCUUCAUCAUCGCCAUCGCCGGCAUCACUUUCAUAGCGGUGCUCAUCAUAUUUAUUCUGGUGGUUUCCAGGCAAAACGCCGCCCGCUCGCCAAAGUUCUACCUGGCAACCAUCAUCAUCUGCGCCAUCUUGGCGUUUCUGAUGAUCAUUGCCACCAUUGUGUACCUGGUGGCGGUUAACCCAACAGCCCAGUCCACAGGGUCGGUCUACUACAGCCAGAUCCGCCAGCUGUGUGCCCAGUACCAGAACCAGAACCAGGCCCAGGGCAUCUUCCUCAACCAGUACCUCUACCAUUACUGCGUGGUGGAGCCCCAAGAGGCCAUAGCCAUCGUCCUGGGCUUCCUGGUGUUUGUUGCCCUCAUCAUCCUGCUGGUAUUUGCCGUCAAGACUCGCUCCAGCAUCAGGCGCUGGGGCCGGGACCGCAUUCUCUGGGAGGAAGUGAAAGUUAUCAAUAAUGGUGUUCACAACAGCAUCGGAGAGUGGGUGAACAAUGUGUCUGGUGAACCGGAGGCGCUGGUGAAUGACCCUAACCCCAUAGUGAGGGGGUCCAGAGACUAUCUGGACAGGCUGGACAACGAAAAGCCUCUUUACCUGCCAGGAGACUCAGAGAUCAGCAGCUCUGUGGGGGUCCUGAAGCCCAGGAUGAGGGACUAUGACACUGGGAUGGAUUCUGGAGAUGAGCUGGAGGACGAGGACUUCUCUGUUUUGUUUCCCCCCAUCGUGGACGAGCAAGAGCGUCUGAUCUACAAACGGGAGUUUGACCAGGAGCACCAGGAGUACAAGAGCCUGCAGGCGGAGCUGGACAGCAUCAACCAGGACCUGGCAGACCUGGACCGGCAGCUGCACCAGUACCCCGAGGGCAGUCCUCAGUUCCUGGAUACCAUGGAUGAAUACAACAAACUAAAGAAUCUCAAGAAGUCGUCAUCCUACCAGAUUAAGAAGAAGCGGUGUAAAUAUCUCCGGUCCAAACUGUCACACAUCAAGAGGAAAAUCUCAGAAUAUGAUCGCCGGCGUUGAACCUUGAUCUCUGACCUCUGACCUUUAUACUCUUGCAGGGAAAGAGACAAAUGUGCAAUUUCCCACUUUGCUGUGUUUGAGUUAAUCACAAACAUCUGUAGGAAAACAAUCACGGAAGCCUUCUCUUUAUCUAUUUGUAUCAAUCCAAUCAACAUAUUUGAAGAAGUGAAGUAUUUUUCAUAGUUUCAUCGAAGCUUCAUGAAGAACUAUUUAGGUGUAUAAAAUGUAUUUAAUUUUUUUUAAUAAGAAAGUGAAAGAUAAGAUGUGAUAUGGGAUGUUUUUAUUUCAGUACGUUACUUUUAAGCAGUAAUUGUGCUUCGUUUGUAGCUUCUUUUUUUAACACAGUUGACAGUUUCAUGUGCAGUGACAGCACAGCUAAUGUGAGAUGUGAAUCUGCUUGUAAAUAAUGUUUAUUUUUGUGUACUUUAGUUCUGUAAAUGGUAUAAACCUUUAGAUUGUGAGUGUUUGUUUUUAUCAUAGACCUUUUUUUCAUGGUGGCUUUUAAAAGCAAAAACCAGAAUGUAACUCCGACUCUGUAAUAAUAAUAAUAAUAAUACUGGAUCAGCUCCCAAGCUGCACCAUUAACAUUAAAUUAAAUACAUUGUAAUGAAUUUAAUUUCUCAUUAACUCGUUAUUAAAACGGCAAAUGAUCAAACCUC